GUCCCGAACCACAUGCAUAUGGUCCCGAUUCAAAUGAAUAUGCUGAAAUAGGAUCUGCGGGUUACAAUUCAUCACAUAUAACUACUCACAAAAAUCAUGGCACUCAUGGCACUCUACUCACAAGUGAAUAUAAUUCAACACCGAAACAACAUGUUAACAUUUCUGGUGGUGAGAAUCAAGAACGCAUUGGAGAAGUCGUGACGAAAAAGGAGACCAUUGUUACUGAAAAGGAUUCGAUGAACGUCGGUUCAGCUCAGAGAAUUAAAAAGAAACAAGAUAUAAACAUUAUUAAAAAUAUCGGUUCGGAUGAAAAGACUAUUGUCGAGGAGCAUAGAGUAUUACCGGUAAAGGGAGGAAGUGGAUCAAUGGAAACAAAUGUGGUCAAGGAAUUUUCUACAGGGAAAAUGGUUACACCAUCAAAAGAAACGAGAGAAACAAAAAUAAUUAAAGAAGGUAAUGUCACAACUAAAAUUACGACAGUUACCGAUGAAAACGGUGUUACCACUGUCACCACCGAAACUGAAACCGAGGGUCCUACAGAGCUCACCACCAUCAAUUAUGAGGGUCCAGAAAGAGUAUACGCUGGAGGAGCUGGUGGAGCCGGUGGAUACGGCACUUAUACCACCACCGACACCAGCACUGAUACCACCACCGAUGGCAACACUGUCACCUAUACUACUACCACCACCGAGACAACUACUACCAGCGAGGGUAGUAAAACCCCUAGUAAAAGAAAAUAA